AUGACUUCAUCAACCUCCCACCCCCAAGCAGACACCCUCAUCCGCGCCGGCACAAUCGAGACACUCCAACCCGGCAUGCCACCACAGCGCUCCAUAGCCCUCCUCUCCGGACGCAUCAUCGCACUUUCCGUGGACCCAUCCGGCCUAGACGACUUCAUCGGCAGCAAGACCCAGAUCAUCGACGUGCCAGACUCCACCGUCCUCCCCGCAUUCACAGAUACGCAUACGCAUCUGAUUCUCGCCGGAUUGACCUACUUCGACGUGCCAGUGUACGACGUCAAGAGCCUGGAUGAACUGUUUGCAAGAUUGAAGAAGCGGGCAAGUGAGACGAAAGAGGGGGAGUGGAUUUGUACGGCGACAGAUUGGUUGGAGUAUAACAUCAAAGAGCAGAGAUUGCCUACGUUGAAGGAGCUCGAUGCUGUUUCUACCAAACAUCCCAUCAUGGUUAUGCGCGGUGGACAUAACGUCGUCGUCAACUCGGUCAUUACACAACUACUGAACGUAACCUCCUCCACCCCAUCACCACCCGGCGGCCUCAUCGGAAAAGAAGCAGACGGCAGUCUAUCCGGCCUCUUCCAAGAUUCAGCCACCGUACCCAUCCUCAAACUAAAACCCUCUGCCACCCUCUCGGAACGAGUCUCCGGACUAGAAGCCGCAAGCCGUGCAUACGCCGCAACAGGCACAUCCAGCGUCCGCGACUGCUACGUCCCCCUUCCCGACCUAGACGCCCUCAUCGCCACGCACUCCGCCGGCAAACUUGCCGUGCGCGUCCACGCCCUCAUACCCGCCGUAGGCAUGACCACCGCCUCACAAGUCGAAACCCUCCUCUCCAAAAUGGAAUCAUACCGCUACCUCCAACGCUCCCCCUACCUCUCCGUCUGGGGCGUAAAAUUCAUGGUCGACGGCGGCAUGGAAGCAGGCGCUGUCUCCUCCCCUUACCACUCCAUCCCACCCGGCCGCGAAAAAGACGCAGAUUGUAAUUGCUGCGGCCUCCCCUCCUACCACGGGAUGCUCACGUGGGAGAAACCGGCGCUCAUUGAAGCCAUGACCGCCGUUGUUCGGCGCGGAUGGAAGAUAGGAACACACGCGUAUGGCGACCGGGCUGUGAAAUUGGUACUGGAUGUAUACGAGGAACUCAUGCACCGGUUUCCGUAUUUAACACCUGGGACUCUGGUUAUGGAACACGGAGGUCUAGUCUCACCCAGCGAGCAAAUCCGAGCCGUAAACCUCGGUAUCGCUACGACGAUCCAGCACCCGCUCCUCCAUAACGCAGCGGGUGUACAAGAAGUAUACUGGGGCCACGACCGCGUAUCCCGCACCUUCCCCGCGCGGACAUGGCUGGAUGCUGGUGCGCUGAUAGCGGGCGGGAGCGACUAUCCUGUUGGUAGUUUUGCGGCGAUGCGGUCGGUUUGGGGGAUGGCGUCAAGAGAGACUGUGGUUGGGGUGAGGGGGGUUGAGCAGGCGAUUACCGUGGAGGAAGCGGUUGCGUUGCAUACUACUAAGGCUGCGGAACUGCUGAUGGAGGAGGGGGAGAGGGGACGGCUGCUACCGGGGUUUGUGGCGGAUUUGGCAAUUUGGGAUGUCAAUCCGCUGAAGGUUGAGGAUCUGGAUGUUUUGAAGGAUUUGAUGCCUAGUCAUAUAUCCGUUGGAGGCAAGUUUGUGAAGACUUAG